UCCCCCGUGUAAGAGUGAGGUGGAGGAGGACAUUCCAGUCCAUGUGACCACAGAAAAUCCCAGUAAGAAGUCUGAAGGAAAUGUCAUGUUAUCCCCAGACUAUAAAGAAGAAGAUCCGGAUAUCAUGCAGUGCUCUUCAGCGGAAAAUCACAUUACCUGUAAUGUAUAUCCAGGACUUCACAGUGCAGAUCCAUCACAUAAUUCCCCUAAGAAUGAGGAACCUUCUGACCAGUCACAGAUUGUUACCACAAUUAUCGGACAGGAAGGGGGUAAAAGAUUUCAAUGUACGGAAUGUGGAAAACAGUUCAGAUAUAGGACGGAGCUUUCUGUUCACAGACGUAGUCACACAGGAGAGAAGCCAUAUUCAUGCUCACAAUGUGGCAAAUGCUUUAGAAGCAAAUCACUUCUUGUUAGACAUCACAGAAUUCACAAAGGAGAGAAGUCAUAUUCAUGUUCAGAAUGUGGAAAAUGCUUUGCAAAUAAAUCACAACUUGUUAGACAUCACAGAAUUCACAAAGGAGAGAAGCCAUCUUCAUGUACAGAAUGUGGAAAAUGUUUAAGAUCUAGAACAGAUAUUUAUGUUUCACAUAAGAAAAGUCACACAGGAGAAAGGUCAUCCUCAUGCUCAGAAUGUGGAAAAUGCUUUAUAAAUAAAUCACAUCUUGUUACACAUAAGAGAAUUCACACAGGAGAGAAGCCGUAUUCGUGUUCAGAAUGUGGGAAAUGUUUUAUAAAUAAAUCAUCUCUUGUAAUUCAUGAGCGAAGUCACACAGGAGAGAAGCCAUAUUUAUGUUCAGAAUGUGGCAAAUGUUUUACCCAAAAAGCAACUCUUGUUAAACAUGAAAGAAUUCACACAGGUGAGAAGCCAUUUUCAUGUUCAGAUUGUGGGAAACGCUUUACAAAUCAGUCACAUCUUGCUAGACAUGAAAGAAUCCACACAGGAUUGAGGCCGUAUUCGUGUUCAGAAUGUGGGAAAUGUUUUACCCAGAAAUCAAAUCUCCUUCUACAUUGGAGAAUUCACACAGGGGAGAAAAAUUUUGCUUAUAAAACAAAGCCUUUAAACCGUGAGAAAUGUCACACAGGAGAGAAGCUGUAUUCAUGUUCAGAAUGUGGAAAAUGUUUUACUAGGAAAUCAAGCCUUGAUGAACAUAAGAGAAUUCACACAGGAGAGAAGCCAUUUUUAUGUACAUUAUGUGGUAAAUGUUUUACCCAGAAAUCAUCCCUUGUUAACCACGAAAGAAUUCACACAGGAGAGAAGCCAUUUUCAUGUUCGGAUUGUGGGAAAUGCUUUACAAGUCAGUCACAUCUCGCUAGACAUGAGAGAAGUCACACAGGAGAGAAGCCAUAUUCAUGUUCAGAAUGUGGAAAGUGCUUUACCAAGAAAUCAGAUCUUCUAAAACAUGAGAAAAUUCAUACAGGAGAGAAGCUAUAUUCCUGUUUAAGGUGUGGGAAAUGUUUUGCAUAUAAAACAGAGCUUUUAAAACAUGAGAGAAGUCACACAGGAUGGAAACCAUAUUCAUGUUCAGAAUGUGGGACAAGUUUUACCAAGAAAUCAAGCCUUGAUCAACAUAAGAAAAUUCACACAGGAGAGAAGCCAUAUACAUGUUCAGUGUGUGAGAAAUGUUUUACUCAGAAAUCAUCUCUUGUUAAACAUAAAAGAAUUCACACAGGGGAGAAACCAUAUUCAUGUUCAGACUGUGGAAAAAGCUUUACAAAUCAGUCACAUCUUACAAGGCAUGAGAGAAUUCACACAGGAGGGAGACCAUAUUCAUGUUCAGAAUGUGAGAAAUGUUUUACAAGUAAAUCAGAUCUUCUAAAACAUGAGAAGAUUCACACAGGAGAGAAGCCAUAUUCAUGUUCAGAAUGUGGGAAAUGUUUUACUAAAAAAUCUAAUCUUGAUCAACAUAGUAAGAGAAUUCACAUGACAGAAGACAUUUAGAUGUUUUGUAUAAGAAUAGUGUUUAACAAGGAAAUUACAUUUUGAAAAUGUCUAACCAUGUCAAGUGAAAACUUUGAGGGAGAUUUAUUCAUAUUGUGUGGUGGUAUUAGAUGCACUUAAUUUAAUAAAAAUCUUAUCUCUGGUC